AUGGCGCCCUUUGUCGACGACACCGUUUAUGUGGAUUGGACCACACGUUUCGUGUUCUACGCUCUGGUAGCAGUUGUGUCUGGUCUAUGGAUGAUACAUAGAUGGCAGCAGCAAUCCAGAUUAUUCAGGUUGGGCAACGUUCUGCCAGGUCCUGAAGGCGUACCGUUUUUCGGUAACGCUCUCCUUGCUUUGGGGAAAAAACCUGACCAAUUGGUGAACAUUGGUCUUGAAUAUGCCGAGAGACACGGCACCGUGAUCCGAGGUUGGCUUGGCUCCAAAUUGAUAGUAUUCCUCCUGGAUCCCGAAGACAUUGAAAUCAUCCUCAACAGUCAAGUUCACAUCGACAAAGCUCCAGAAUACCGAUUCUUUAAACCAUGGCUUGGAGAAGGUCUUCUAAUCAGUACAGGAAACAAAUGGCGGUCCCACCGCAAAAUGAUUGCCCCUACAUUCCACAUCAACAUUCUGAAAUCAUUCGUUGGUGUUUUCAACCAAAACAGUAAGAAUGUUGUCGAAAAACUGAGAAAGGAAGUUGGAACAACGUUUGAUGUUCACGACUACAUGAGCACUGCAACAGUGGAUAUUUUGCUAGAAACUGCAAUGGGGAUCACAAGAAAAACUCAAGAUGAAUCAGGCUUUGAUUACGCUAUGGCUGUUAUGAAGAUGUGUGACAUUAUUCACCAAAGGCACUACAAAUUCUGGCUGCGAUUCGAUUCAAUUUUCAAAUUCAGCUCUUUCUUUGAAAAGCAGAAACAACUUUUGGGUAUAAUACACGGACUUACAAAUAAGGUGAUAAAGAACAAAAAGCAAACGUACCUUGAGAACAAAGAUAAAGGUAUUGUACCACCAACACUGGCAGAACUGACGCAAAAUGAAGAAGAUGGAAGUGUUCUAGCCAAUGAUGCUAAAACUCUUUCUGAUGCGGUGUUCAAAGGGUACCGCGAUGACUUGGACUUCAAUGACGAUAAUGAUGUUGGUGAAAAGAAAAGACUGGCUUUCUUGGAUCUUAUGAUUGAAUCAGCUCAAAAUGGUACUCAUCAGUUAACUGACCACGAAAUCAAAGAAGAAGUAGACACUAUUAUGUUUGAGGGACACGACACUACGGCUGCUGGUUCCAGUUUCGUCCUAUGUCUGCUGGGUAUCUACAAAGAUGUUCAAGCAAAGGUUUACAAUGAACUUUACGAUAUUUUCGGAGACUCCGACAGGCCAGCCACUUUUGCCGACACUUUGGAAAUGAAGUACCUGGAGAGAGUCAUAUUGGAAACAUUGAGGUUGUACCCACCAGUACCAGCCAUCGCAAGGAAAUUGAAUACAGAUGUUAACAUCGUUACCAACAAUUACCUCAUCCCAGCAAGCACCACGGUAGUUAUCGGAACGUAUAAGGUCCACCGCAGCCCCAAACACUACAAGGACCCUGAUACCUUCAACCCUGACAACUUCCUUCCAGAGAACAUGUCCAACAGGCACUACUAUAGCUACAUACCCUUCAGCGCUGGACCCAGGAGUUGUGUCGGUCGCAAAUACGCCUUGCUGAAGCUGAAGAUUUUGCUAUCAACGAUUUUGAGGAACUAUGAAUGCACAUCCACGGUACCUGAGAAGGACUUCAAACUUCUUGGAGACAUUAUUUUGAAAAGAUCAGACGGCUUCAGACUACAGAUUGCUCCUAGGAUAAGAAAACCAACAAAUGUAGCAUAG